AUGUGCUAUGUGCUGAAGAUCCUGUCGCGGUUCAACAUGGAAAACUGCAAGACUUCUCGUGUCCCGAUGAUCACCGGUUACGUACAACAAAAGGAGGAAGAUAGCGACUCGUUGACAGAUAGACUACAGUCCCAAAGUCAGAUCGGCACUUUGUUGUACAUUGCGGUCAAUGCAUGCCCAGAUAUAGCCAUCUUGACUUCCUUUCCCGAGCAGUGUGCCACCAAACCAACAUCGGCGGACUGGAACGGGGCGAAGCGGGUGCUUCGUUACUUGAAGGAUACAGUAGACCACGUACUACACUUGGAUGGCAAAGGCAUCUUUUAUCUGGAGUGCUUCGCUGACGUGGACUGGGCUGGUGAAGCCGACAACAGGAAGUCCAACAUUGGCCACAUUGUCAAGUACGGUGACGGACUCGUUGGAUGGGGAAGCAGAAAGCAGACGUGCGUAUCUCUUUCCAGCACCGAUGCAGAGUAUAUCGCACUGGCAGAAUGCUUGCAGGAGUUGCAGUGGCUUCGUCGAUUGGUGGACGCCCUAGCGAGCAUCUGA